AUAUACCACACAAGGCCUUAAGAGCUGUUUUUAAAUGGAAUUACGUAAUCUUUGGACAAAUUGUAUGCAUUAGUCACGCACACGCCCACAAAAACGUUGGUUCUCGCACGCAUGAUCGAAUCUGCACGCGUGUGAAAGAGACGGCAAUAGAGCUGUUGCUGUGGUACAGUGCUGCCACCCUUUUCGUAUUUUUGUAUACUAUAGAGAGAAAAAUGCCGCGAAUAGUACCAUUACAGUUAUUGAAGUGCCUACGGGUGCUCCUAGACAACAAUGGUGGCAUUUUGAGCGCUCUGGAAGUGAAGCGCAUAGCAGGACUCAUGCAGAAAUAUUCAAAGAAGUUGGUUUCCAAGUGCGUUUAUGUACAAAUUUUGAAGUCGACUAAGACGGAGCUUCUGGGGGAUUUCAUGGCCUCGAACGGAUGGACUUUGGUUUACAAUUGGCUGAAUGACUCCAUCCGAGCUAUGAACUGGCCCCUGGUGCAGGAGAUCCUAGAAUUACUGCUGCUUUCCCCAGUAGAUGUGAAUAGAUUGAAGAUAAAUUCAGCACCCAUUUUGGUCAAGGCUCUGUGCAAGGAUGGCGGCAACGAAGGUGUUCGCAUUCUAGCCAAGCGGCUAGUCGAACAAUGGCUGAAGAUUGUGACUGAGAACACGAGUGGUGCACCUGCAGCGGCGGUGCCUGCCAUUCCGCCCCAGAUUGGGGUUACAGCGGCCACAGUGACGGAUCCGGCCACUGGUGGUACGGUGGACUCUGCCUCGUCGUCGGACAGCACGGAUAGUGCGGGAACGCCGGUGACCAUGAACUACACCAUUGCCUCGGCCCAAAAUAGCAACAACCACAACAGCAUAACCAUAAAAUGGAAGUCAGUCGAGCAUUUGGACACAGAUGAUAUGAAUAAUGUUGACGAUGAUGGUUCCACGCAGCCAUCUGAGGCUGGUGUUAAGAGCAGCAAAAGUCCUGAGACAAGUGCCAGUCUCCAGAAUUCGAAAAAAUCAAGUUUAGAUGAUAGUUGUUCAGCAGAGGUUAAAUCCGGGGAGGAGGUUGAUAAUAAGAAGCAUAAGAGCGCCCGAGACAAGAGUAAACGGUCUGAGAAAGAUCGUGAGAAGGAUAGAAAGUCUUCGUCCAGUCACAGGUCGUCCUCAUCUAGCCAUAAGUCGUCGUCGUCCUCAUCAUCGAAGAGCUCGUCAAAGAGCUCGUCGUCCUCUUCGUCCCAUCGCAGUUCGAGUUCCAGCGACAAACACCGUGACAAGGACAAGUCUCGCUCUAGCUCUGGUUCUAGCUCCAGUAAAGAUAAGGAGCGUAGUAGUUCAUCCUCGUCGUCCUCUUCGAAUAAGCACAAGUCAAAGUCCUCUUCAUCGUCGUCGUCGUCGAGUUCCUCCUCCUCGAGCUCGAGCUCGUCCAAAGAUCGUAACCGCGAUAAGGAGAAGGAUAAGUCCUCGUCGACGGCAACGAAGCAAGAGAAAGACAACAAGCUGAUGCCUCCACCAGCGCCAACUCUAUCCCCGGCUCAUUCACCGGCCACGGGUACUGUAGAAAAGAAGGAAAAGGCUGAGAGCGAGACUCAAAAGCCCAGAUCGAUACCUAUCAUGUCCCGAAAGGCAUCGAUAUCCAUAGAAAUCAGACGCGACACUGACAAGGCGGCCACUGUUAAGACGUAUCAGUCCAAAUUCAGAUCGCACGGACUUACAGAAGAGGCGCCGCCUCCUCCCUCUCGAAAGGGACUGAAGAAGCCCACAUCCAUCGUCCCGACACCAUCAGCCCUGCUGUCGUCCACUGUAAAGAGGCCCUCGCCACCGCCCCGAGACUCGCCGACGGAGAAGAAGCCCAAGAUCGACAUGAGCAAUGUAACCGGCCACGUGGAGCGACCAGGAGCGGCCAAGCUGAUCGCUCCCAAAAAGAUUUGUACGUUGGUGGAGACGAAUCUCUUCUCGGAUGCCCUGGCAGCAUCCAUCGAACCCAAAAAGGUGGUAAAGCGCAAGCGGACACAGUCGGCCAACUCGCCUACGGACAAGGAUGCGCCAUUGGCUCCGCUGAAGUUCUACCAGGACACCCUGGACGAGUCGAAGGGAGACGAAAAGUCGGACGACAGCACCAAGGAGAACGAUGAGUGUCGCUCAAGUUCACCCAAUGGGUCCGUUGAUGCGGAUGACGAUGAUAUACCAUUGAAGCGGGUUAAAGAGGACAUUGAGCAGAAGGUGCAGAAGGAGAAGGCGGGCGGUGAGAGCGUCGACGCUGGUGAGGCCGGCUCUGAUGGCGCCGAAGACGUGCCCGAGGAGCCUAAAAAGCCGGGACCAGGAUGCGGACCUGAUGGCCCACCCGGCGUUCUGAUGCUGCAUCGUCGCAAGGGCCCCAAAAAGAAGCUAACUUGGCAGCCGGAGGACAAGCUCACCCAAAUCCGCUUCUUCGAGGUGGAUCUAUCCGAGCGAGUUAACGUUACCAAGCAGACGUUCACCGAAAUGAAGAACCUGGAGCGGUACAGCGAGCGCGACGCCUUGAACAUUUCCCGGCGAGGCUUCGAUGACUCUAUGCAGCCGCAAAUGGAGUGGCGCCCCCUCAUUGAGGUGGACAACGUGCCGGAUCACCCCAACGGCAACCUAUCCAAACAGCGCCAGGUUCAGGCCGAACGCGAGGCGACAACGUUACGAGCGCUCUACUUCUCAACGGACAUGAUUCCGGACAGCGCCGCCGAGGCAGAGCUGGAACCCCACUUUGCCCACGACAUUCCGGUCAUCCCAAUGGAUGACCUCACCGGUAACCACGAUGCUGUCAACGACUACAGCGACCUCACGUGGCCCGAGCCCAAAGGCUAUGCUCCCAGUGGCAUCGGAGGCGUCGGAGGCAACUCCGGCGGCCCUGACAUUUCCUACAAUGACGGUGGCAUGAACAACAUGAUGGGCCCGGGUCAUGGAGGACCCCCCAACAUGAUGACCAACAAUCCCUUUCAGCCGUUCGCCAACAACUUUAUGCCCAACGGAGUAAAUCUUCCUCCCAACCAGCAGAUGCCGAUGCAAGGACCCGUUCCUGGACCAGUUCCCGGACCAAUUGGCGCUCCAAUCUGGCAGAACCAAAUGGGACCGGUCGGCAUGGAUAUUAACAAUAUGGGAGGAAUGCCGCCCCAAAACUAUAUGGGAAAUCAGUUUGGCAGUCCCGGAGGUCCUCCCUAUGCAUCUGGCCCCCCUCAACCAUUCAACCAAGGAUUCAAUCCGAUGAUGAUGAACGGACCCGGACCAGGACUAGGACCUGGACUAGGACCUGGACUGGGACCUGGAAUCGGACCUGGAAUCGGACCUGGCCCCGGCCCAGGCAUGCUACCCAAUGGACCCAUGAUGCACAACAGUCCCAAUGGUCCAAUGGGACCCAACGGACCUAUGAUGAACAACAGUCCAAAUGGUCCAAUGGGACCCGGGCCUGGACUGGGCCCGAUGCCCAAUGGUGGCGGACCACGGAAUAACAACAAUAAUCGAAAUAAGAACAAUGGAGGCGGCGGUAACUGGCGCAGUGGCGGCAAUAACUUCCAGGAGAACUCCGGUGGCAAUUGGCGCACAGCGGGAUCUGGCUCCAAUAGAGGCGGCAACACGGGCAUCUGCAAGCAGUUCAUGCGGGGUCACUGCAAAAUGGGCAAGUCUUGCAAGUACGUGCAUCCGCAAAAUAAGCGCAUGUAGAAUUUGCCCGAAUCUUCCCAGGAAGAUUCAGUUGUAUAGAUCUCAGACGCAGACGCACACGCACACGGAAACACAUAUUUACACAUAAUCUGCGUUAUUUUCCACAAUAGAGGCUGGCCAUGUCCCCCAUUAGCCGUUAGCCGUUCACUGAAGCCACUGAAGACUGUAGCCAGGUCAGGCCUCCUGCCUGUACCUGCCCGCCCCUUAGUUAUUAUAGCUCUGUAUAUAUGUAUGUAUCUGGUAUAUGUCAGUAGAUGUAGGUCAUAUCCUUAAGUUAUUUAAUCAUUACUUGUAUAGUCCAGAAGACAAGUUUAGGUAGUGGACAAGAUAUUGUUACUUUGUACUUAUCGAGAGAUCGAUCGCUUUGAAUUUUGUACGCCCCAAUUUUACGAAUCCCCUUACUAUUGUAGCUUUAAGAGCCUAUGUCUACAUUAUUAAAGACCAAGUCAUAUGAUGAAUUUAAA